CGUUAAGAAGAAGAGGGCGCAUUUCCUGUUGAAGUCAACACAUCGGCUUUUCAUCCUUAGCAGAAGCUAGCAGGGUAAAGGCAGCUCGUCUCGGAGAAAACACAGCCACCGUUAUCUGCGUUUUCCCAGAUAACUUUAUGCUCCGUUUCGGCUUUUGAGUGUGUCGCCGCCGCUGCGCCAGGUGUCGGGUGGAAAAUGCCAUCUUUUUCACAAAGGGUUUGUCCUGCCCUGGUGUUGCUCAUCUUCACAUCUGUGGUUACCGCGCAAGAAGAGUUCUCCUUACAGGACGACUGGCGUGAUGUGUGGCUGUUUCGCUUCCUGGUCAACGUGCUGGGAUACUCAACCAUAAUUAUCCCCGGCUACCUCCUUAUCCGCUACUUCAAGCGUACCAAUUACUUGGACACGGGUAGUGGCGUCUUUUAUCCGGUCAUCAAGGCCUGCGUAUUUGGCACGGAAACAAAGUCGGGCCUGCUGGACGACGUGUCCGUCUCAUUCAGGAACGAGGGGGAUUCGGGCUCGACGCUGGGACAGGCUGGUCGCUUGAUCUUUUGUGCUGCUGGACUUCAGGCGUCAUACCUGACAUGGGGAGUCCUGCAGGAAAGGGUCAUGACCCGAUCCUACGGCGCCUCCACUCCAGAGGAGGCGGGCGAGCGCUUCAAGGACUCUCAGUUUUUGGUCUUCAUGAACCGCAUUUUGGCCCUGACCGUGUCGGGCCUGUGGUGCCUGCUGUUCAAGCAGCCGCGCCACGGCACGCCCAUGUACAAGUACUCGUUCGCCUCGCUCUCCAACGUCAUGAGCAGCUGGUGCCAGUACGAGGCUCUCAAGUACAUCAGCUUCCCCACUCAGGUCCUGGCCAAGGCCUCCAAGGUCAUUCCCGUCAUGCUCAUGGGUAAGAUGAUUUCCCAGAAGAGCUACGAGUACUGGGAGUACCUGACAGCCGCGCUUAUUUCCGUGGGCGUCAGCAUGUUCCUGCUGUCCAGCACGGCCGGCAAGCACCCGUCCACCGUCACCACCUUCAGCGGCGUGGUCAUCCUGGGGGGCUACAUCGUCUUUGACAGCUUCACCUCCAACUGGCAGGACAACCUGUUCAAGUACAAGAUGUCGUCCGUCCAAAUGAUGUUCGGGGUCAACCUGUUCUCUUGCCUCUUCACGGUGGGCUCGCUGCUGGAGCAGGGGGCCUUGUUGGACUCGGUGGCGUUCAUGGCGCGUCACUCGGAGUUCGCUUUCCACGCCGUGCUGCUGUCCGUUUGCUCGGCGUGCGGCCAGCUCUUCAUCUUCUACACCAUCAACCAGUUUGGCGCCGCCGUCUUCACCAUCAUCAUGACGCUGCGGCAGGCCAUCGCCAUUCUCCUCUCCUGUUUUCUUUACGGCCACGCCGUCACCCUGGUCGGCGGCUUCGGCGUCGCCGUGGUGUUCCUGGCUCUCUUUUUGCGAGUGUACGCACGUAGUCGGAUGAAGUCGGGCCGGCGGCAGGUGCAGCCGAUGCCGCAGAAGGUGUAGCGCUCGCGGCAAACUAAGGACUGAAACCACGUUUUCUGUGGUGUUUUUUUUUUUUUUUUAAAGGCUCACAUCUUCUUUUCGUGUCUGUUAUGUACUUAAAGGGAUUCUUUUUCUUUAUCGUUCGGUGCCUCCAAGCGGUUCAUGAGAUUCUGUUCCACGGCCUGCCUCUUCCCAGUCACAAGAUAUUCUCUCCCUCCCACACCACCUGUGGCUGGUGUGGCCAACUGCUAGCUGCUGAGGAAAAAAAAAACAAUUCCAUAAAAAGUUUAAGAAAUUCAUCACGUUUCAGGAUGAAUCUAAAAUGCACUGGAACCUUGAGAGGAGAACUUAGUUUGACCCUCUCUAAACUUUUGAGUUCCCACUGUUUAAAAAACAUAAGGACUAAUUUCUCAGAGUCCAGUCAUGGCUCAGCUGUUUUCUGGGUUUGAUCAUGUGACGUUCACAAACCGAGCCUUGAGCGACGGUGAUGUCAUUUCCAGUCGACAGCACGGUGGCGAAAUCCCCGCCCCCUGAGUUGGAUGAAAACCAGGUGGCUGUUUCAUCUGAAUUUAUAUUCCCCAAAUGUAAUAUUUAUUAGAAUGCGAUGGCUUCCCCUUAAAAUGAAGUCAAAGGUUAGAACUCCCAUUUCAGGCUCCCCCUGUAAUUCCCCCCCCCCCCCCCCCCGCCCCCGAAAGGUCACCUUUUUGUCACCAGCGUAUGUGAGCUUUGUGGACAGAACAGUUAAAAGACUUUAUGAAGUUGGCCUUAAUUGCGACUGAGUACUGGAACAAGACGAUCAAUAUCAUAAAAAAAAAAAACAUGUUUGUCUGUCACAGUCGCCAGAUGCGCUUCCCAUGCGGAGAGCAAGCGGCCUUUUGUUAUACCAGGAAACUGCGCAUAUACUGUACCUUGAACCCACUACGCGGGCACUCAAUUGCCAGUUCAUUCGAGGUCCAAAUACACUUUCACAGUCAAGUUACGGAAUUGUCCUGCUCUUGUUUCAAAACGUAAUAUUGUUGCCCCCCCCGAGUGUAUGUGUGCGCACAACUCUGUGCCAAUUAUGGGCCCUUGACGUGACCAAAAGAGAUGCUAUGAAGGAGUUCUUUUUGUGCUGCAUUGUUUUUAAAGACGCUUUUUUUUAAUUGUCUUCCCAUCAUAGCAUCGACUCCGAAGUAUGUUCAUGUAUCUUUAAAUUUGUUUCUAUCCACCAUGUCGGUUGCACUGUGUUCGACCCGCUCCAUGACUGAUGUGCGUGGACGACCCCCCCAUAAACACAUUCAAGGGGUAGUACAGUGUAACUUCUGUUACUUAUGGUAAGUGGAUUGAUUAAUAAUAAAAUACUUAUUAAUAUA